AUGAAAUCAACAUAUUUUCUAUUUCUUAUAUGGGUAGCUUGGGCCAGAUACAUAUUAGCACAAGUUAGUGAUUGCAAACGUCCUUUUGUUUCGGAUACCUCUCCGGGUAUGCACUACACCAUUUAUCCUUUAGCUUACAAUGGUACACCAUAUAAGAUGCCUCAAACAAACUUAUAUGACUGGAUCUCUAGGUUAGCCUAUUAUGAUGUUCCAUUAUAUACUGGAUAUACCCCUGAUAUGAAUUUAAACAUUUAUCCUGAAGGUCCAGCCAAUGAACCACAAUACGGUAUUCUCUUUGGAAAUAAUUUCACCACUACAAAUUUCAGUAUGAUUGGGAGUUCUUGGUUUAUACCUCCUACUACGGGGUGGUACACCUUCGAUAUUCUCGCUACUACAGCCGCUGAAUUGGUUAUAAUAGAUAAAACUACUGCUUACUGUUGCGAAAAUGCUACAAAUAAUUACAUUAAUGAACAAUUUACCAUCACUAGCAUUCCUUCAAUGCCAGAAACUCAAAAUCCAAGUGGAAAAGUUUAUUUAUAUCAAAAUUUUCGCUAUGAAGUUAGAGUAUCAUUUAUUAACCAAAAUAUUAAUGCUUUUUUGUAUGCAAGUUACCGUUCUCCGGAAGGUGCGUAUUCUAAUAUCAACUGGCAUCUAUAUGAAAUGAAUGUUUUGAAUAGUUCACAAAUUAGAACUUGUAAUUACGAUAUUGGAGUAUAUACUGCUACAAUUCCAUGGACAGGUACAGGUACCUCAACUGGUUCUUUACAAUUUUAUAAAGUAUUAUCUUCAGGAUAUGAUAUUUAUGUCACUUUACAAGACUGGAUUCUUAUUGGGGUUCCAUCUUCACCAACAACUUCUAUCAGUCAUUUAAUUAUUCAGGACUCGAGUACACUAACCACACUAUCUUCUAGUAGCAUUAUAUCUAGUGUCUCUGUCCCGUCUUCUAGCAAUGUAUCUACGGUAUUAUCAACUUUUAGUAUAAAUACGACCAUCGAAACACCUACAGUUUUGGGAAAUACUACAACGGGAGUUGAGCUUUUAACUUCUCCACGUGCAGUAGAUAUCUUGUCUUCUUCCUCGACAAAUAGCUCUAGGACCUCAUUGGAUUCUUCCAUCGCAAGCUCUGUCAAAUUCCAGAGUGUGACAAGUUCAAUCGAUGAUAAAUCUGAGCCAGGUAGUACUAACUCUAUUAGCUCUGAAGUAACUAUGAUAUCAAGCAAAUGGUUGACCUCCAAUGUUGAAUCAAUUUCUACUUCCACAGUGGGUGUCCCAGAAUCUAAUAAAACCAGUUCUUCAAUUAUAUCUGUUAACAGUUUCGAAUAUAACAACAGCACAACCGGGGCAGUUAAUAUAUUUAGUGAAUUAGAAGUGAUUUCUUCUUUAAAAGUUGAACAUUCAACCCUAGAUUCAUUUAGUAGAUUAAGCUCUUACUCUUUUGAUACUAUUGCUGGUCCUGAAAAAUCAGAAACUACAAGUUCUUCGGUAGUUACCCUUAUGGAAUCUGCAUCUUCAGGUAACGGUGUGACCGUCUUCAAUUCAGAAACCUAUUCGAAUGAGGUGACCGUGAUAACUGCAACAGUAGUUGAAACUGUGGGUAACUAUUUCUUAGGCUAUAUUACUUUAAAAGAUUUUUCGGAAAACCAAGAAGUUGUGAGUGAAAGGACAAUUGUGAAGACAAUUACCUCUACGCUUUGUCCCAACUGUAUGUAUAAUACAUAUAAUGUUCCCGUAAUUCCCACUCAAACAAUAUCUUUAGAAAAUGUUCCCCAUACUGUACCAGUCGCUCCUCCAAAUGGUGUAACCCCAAACCAGGUCCAGGUAUCAGCUUCUAACGGUAACCAAAUUGCAGCUUCUUCGAGCUUUGCCCCACUUUCUAUGAAUCCAAAUGGUGAAAACCAUUUGUACGCCAACAUAGCCACCAUUAUUAUUCCAAUUUUAUCUUCAAUUUUCCUAUUUAUAUGA